AUGGCUGCUUCUGCUCUGCUGAGGAGCCGGGUGCGCCGGCCCUCGUAUCUCAACAAGCUCGCCAAAGCAGAGGAUCUCGUUGACCUCUUCCCGCAUGGCUCAUACAUUGGAUGGUCUGGGUUUACAGGUGUUGGAUAUCCGAAGAAAGUGCCCACCGCAUUGGCCGAUCAUGUCGAGAAGAACAACCUCGAAGGCAAACUCAAGUACAGCUUGUUCGUGGGUGCGUCAUCCGGCGCAGAGACGGAGAACCGCUGGGCGCGAUUGAACAUGAUCGAGCGGCGCAGUCCGCACCAGGUUGGCAAGGAGAUUGCCAAUGGGAUCAACAACGGACAGAUCAAGUUUUUUGACAAGCACUUGAGCAUGUUUCCCUCGGAUUUGGUCUAUGGCUACUAUACCAUGGACAAGCCGCAGAACAAGCUGGAUGUGGCUGUUAUUGAAGCAUCGGCCAUCACAGAAAAUGGCGGCAUUAUUCCCGGUGCAUCGGUGGGAGCGUCGCCCGAACUGAUCCAGAUGGCCGACAAGGUGAUUAUCGAGGUUAACACGGCCAGCCCGUCGUUUGAGGGCCUGCAUGAUAUCGUGGGAUCGGAUCUGCCGCCUGGGCGAAAGCCUUACCUCAUCAUGGCGCCCGAGGACCGUAUCGGCACGCCGUACAUCCCCGUGGACCCGGAGAAGGUGGUGGCGAUCGUCGAGUCGGACUACCCAGACCAGACGCAGCCGAACGCACCCGAAGAUGCCGGGUCACAGGCGAUCGCCAGCAACCUAAUUGAGUUCUUGAAGCACGAGGUGAACCACGGGCGCCUGCCACAGAAUCUGUUGCCCAUCCAGUCGGGCAUCGGGAACAUCGCCAACGCUGUGAUCGGCGGGCUGAGCAAGGGUGGCGCCGACUUCAGCAACCUUAAGGUGUGGACCGAGGUGCUGCAGGACUCGUUCUUGGAUCUGUUUGACAGCGGAAACCUCGAUUUCGCGACCGCGACGUCCAUCCGCUUCUCGCCCGAGGGCUUUAAGCGCUUUUAUGACAACUGGGAGAAGUAUGCCGGCAAGUUAUUGCUACGCUCGCAGCAGGUGUCCAACUCGCCUGAGAUCAUCCGGCGACUUGGCUGCAUCGGCAUGAAUACCCCCGUCGAGGUCGACAUCUACGCCCACGCCAACAGUACCUGCGUGCUGGGCUCGCGCAUGCUCAAUGGGCUCGGUGGCUCGGCGGAUUUCCUGCGCAACUCCAAGUACAGUAUCAUGCACACGCCCAGCUCGCGGCCUAGCAAGACCGAUCCCACGGGUGUUAGCUGCAUUGUUCCGUUUGCGACGCAUAUCGACCAGACUGAGCAUGAUCUGGAUGUGGUUGUGACCGAGCAGGGUCUCGCCGACGUCCGUGGCCUCUGCCCCCGCGAACGCGCCCGCGUCAUCAUCGACAAGUGCGCCCACCCUGAAUACCAGCCCAUCCUGACGGACUACCUCGACCGUGCCGAGUUCGAGUGUCUGCGCAAGGGCAUGGGCCACGAGCCGCACCUGCUGUUCCAGGCGUUCAAGAUGCAUCAGAAUCUGCAGGAGAAAGGGACCAUGAAGAUCAACUCAUGGGAGUGA